AUGUACAAAAAAUAAACCCGCCCCUUAUUCAUUCCGAAACCAGAAAAUGGAGAAUUCCCAUUUGACAUAAAAAAUGUUAAUACAAAUGACGUCAAGCCUAUUGACUUUUUUAGGAUGUAUAAUUCGUUAUAAAUGAUGGUUGAGAAAUUGAUUUAAGAUUAAACUGUUCAAUAAAAAGUGUCAACCAAUAUCGAUGCCAUAUUUCGAGUGUUUAUUGAGAAGGAUCUGAAUCCUCCUCCUCCAUAGAAGCUUGUUGGAAGACGAAGUUCGCCCUACACUUAUCAAAAGCAGGAGUUUUGGUUGUUGGUUGAACAUCUAAAUUCUUUGGGCUUUUCAUAUAAAUAAAUAUCAGAGAGAUUGCAAGUACACUAUGUUCAGAUUUCAACUCAUCAUCGAAAUACUGUUGACUAUGAUGAUGAUUCUGAGUAGGAGUCAUCAUAAGUGAAGAAAUCAAUAAAGGAGAAGUCGAAGUAAGUAAAGAUCAUUGAGAAAUAGCCAAUUCAAAAUUUUGAUGUAUUCCAGUCGGAUGACGAAUAGGGAUCAAAAUGA